AUGUUUUUAUUCCUCUUCACAAUAAUUAAUCUUGUAUUUCUAACUCUGUUCCUAAUUUUUCAAUCACCAAAUCAAUUACCACCUUCUUCAUCACCAACUACAAACAUCAUAAAAGACUGUAGCACCAAAAACGACAUUCUUGCAAUCGAAUAUAUAACCUUGAAUCCGGAUCCUCCCAUUCGAGGUCAUGCGUUGAAUAUUAAAGCUGCUGGGAAUCUUAGCGAGACAGUCGAUCAAGGAAGUUAUGUUGAUGUCUUGGUACGACUUGGAUUAGUGCAAUUGUAUAAAGGAAAAUUGGAUUUGUGUAAAGAAGUCGAACAGAAUUUUAAUCUAAAGUGUCCGUUGAAGAAAGGAAUUCAUAAAAUUGACAGUGAUGUGGAUGUUCCAAAGGAAAUUCCGAUGGGGAAAUACACAGUCGACGCACAAGCGUAUACAAAAGAUGGUCAUAGAAUCGCUUGUUUGAAAGCAGAGACUGUAUUUAAACUUUAA